AUUUAUUUUAGUACGUUUUUCAAAUGUUUUAAAAACCAUGUUUUGUUCAGUCGUUCACUUUCUUUGGAUAGAAACUAUUGAUGCGUGAAAAAUGUUUCAGAAUCAGCCCCAAAAAGUAACAGUAAAUCUAACAGAAAAUGUGAGAAAAUAAACAUAAAAUUUGGAUCUUAAUAUCACCGAUUAUUUAUAAACAUUUUUGAUGUUACUACAAGUACUACAAACGUUUUGGCACGGCGUAUAAUUUUUUGUGCAUUACUACAUCCAGAACAAAUAGAAGUUAAAAGGAUAGUGGGGAAAGAUUAUAUAGCAAAUUGAAAGUGUCAGGAAAAUAACAAUGUUGAUUAGUACACUUCUUGCAUUGAAAAUAGAAUACUGAGCAACAGAUAAAAAUCAUUACUUUUAAUUUCAUUCUGUGAACAAAUUAUGUAGUAAAGUUUCAUGAAUUCUGAAAUUUGUUUAUAGUAAAUGCUUUCAAUGCUAACUGCUGAUAAAAGUGUUUGGAUAUGGAGAUCAAUGAAAUUGUGAAAAAAAUUUUUGGAUCUGAUGUGCUCUUAGGGAGCACAGAUACAAAGCCUAAGAAAGGAAGUGCAAAACAUUCAAGAAUAUCAAAUAGUUUAAACUUGAUAGACCAAUAUAUUGAAGCUACUCUGGGGGAAAAUGCUCUAACGGAAAAUGUGCAAGAUAAUAGAGUUGGUCGAAUAGGUCCAAAUUUGGUCAGAUUUGAUAUAUCAACGCAUCAAGGAGUUUAUAUAAUUUCCCCAGAUAGACUUAGUAUUAACUCUCAUAGUAGCUUUAGUACAAUGAAGGCAAAUGUAGCAGUAUACAAGGGAAAGUGGAUGUAUGAAUUACAAUUGGGAUCUAAAGGUGUUAUGCAAGUAGGUUGGAGUACUGCUAAAUGCGAAUUCAAUCAGCAAUUGGGAGUUGGAGACACUAUUAAUUCUUAUGCGUAUGAUGGAAAUCGUGUUAGAAAAUGGAAUGUAGCUACACAUAAAUAUGGAGAAUCAUGGCUUCCAGGAGAUAUUAUUGGAUGUGCUAUAGAUAUGGAUAAUGGAACUAUUGAUUUUUAUAGAAAUGGCAGAAACUUAGGUCGAGCAUUUGAAAAUAUAACUAUAGGUGCUGGUUUUGCAUAUUUUCCUACAGUAAGCCUUGCACUGACGGAAAAUUUAACAGCCAAUUUUGGUUCUACGCCCAUACGCUAUCCUAUUGAAGGAUAUGAACCUUUACAAGCAGCUCCCAAGCAACAUAUAGCUCAAGCUACACUUUUAUUUAAUUGGUUUUUAAGAAUAACAGAGGUAAUAAAUACAAGACAAACUGUGAAUGAUCAAAGUGUAUUAUACGAUGGAAAUAUGAGUGUUCAGGCCUAUUUAAUGUGUCUUUCAAGAUCUGUUUUAAAAUAUAUUGGACCACUUGUUACUGUUCCAUAUAUUACAGAAUAUAUUUUAGUUCCAUUCAUGCUACGACUUUCUGAAUCAAAAGCGGAUCCUCCUAUAUUGUUAACUUGUUUAGACUUGUUAUGGACAUUUCUUGAAGAAGAUGAAAUGAAAGCAUGUUUAGAAAGUACAGUUCUGUACUUGUUGUCUACAUUCAGACAUGUUUCUUUACUACUUGAAUAUCCUGAUCAAUGUAAAAGUUUGCAUCUGUUAACAAAAGUUUGUCAACAUUCAUUGACACGUCAAUAUUUAUUACAAUAUUUACUUUUUGAUCGAGUAAGGUUUGCAAAUUUUAUGCAUGUGAAACCACUGGACGAAGAAGGUUUAACUGAUGUAGUUAAUGAUGUGUGGUGGGAAAUGAACCCUGUAGAACCAACAAUUGAAGUUAAUAAACUAAGUUAUUUGAAUGCCUGCGAGAAAAUUAAGACUGCUAUAUCCGAAGUAGAAACAUUGCAAGUAGAAUUAUUAGUGACUCUGCUUGAUAAUUCUGAUGGCAAUGAAAAAAGGCCAGCAUCCAGAACGAUAUUCUUAAGGAAAUUUAAACGCUCUGUUCAAGAAAAUCUUGAAUCGAGUCGCACUUUACCAAUCACGUUAUGUUGUUUCCAUCGACUUUUGGUUGCAUUCAGAAUUCUGUGGGAUGCUGAAGUAGGAACAUCUCCUGUUUAUGUGCCUUGCAGGGCGUUCUACGACGCAUCGAUCGAUUACUCUAGAACUGAGAGACUGGGUGGAGUCUUGUCUCAUUUGAAUAAAACAUUCAGGAAUGAAUUACUACAAUUGUUAGGACCCAAUCACGAAGUAAUUAGUACAAUGGAUCAAACUCAAGAUUCGUCCAAUGUUCACAACAGAACAAGACUGAUGGAUAUACCUAUAGUUAUUCCAACAUUUGCUCGAAUGACUGCCACAAAUACAUCAGGUCAAGGAAAUUCAAUGACCUUUGAUGUAAGAUAUUUUCCAUAUACAAGGGAAGAUAGAAGUCCGCUCCGCUUAGGCCCCUUAGAUCCAAUGACCUCUUUGCUUGAGCUACUCGACAACAUUAUUUUAUUUUAUCACGUAGUGGCAAAAAAACAGCUAGCAAAGGUAGCCAUUCUUAGAAAUAGCAUGACAGAAUAUAUCACUGCUAUUCAAGAUACUAAAGCGAGAUUGGAAAUAGCAAAGAAAAAGAAAGAUCUUACAUCUCAAUCAGUUCAACAAGAACUAUUAAGGACAAUAAAUGUCUUCAAUAUUAAAUUAACAGAACAAGCAAGACAUAUGGCAUGGAUUCGAGCUGCUGUUUAUUCGGAAGAAAAACAAUCACAGCUAGCGUGGCUUCUGAAAGUAGUCACGUUAACUUUAAAAAAUGCCAGCGUAAAAGGAAACAUGUUUAGCUUUGUACCUGAUUACUACUUGGAUGCAUUAGCUGAUUUAUGUGUUGGUUUACGGAACCAUAUGCACCCAACAGCACGCAUCGAACAAAUUCCAGAUUAUCGAGAAAUGCUUUUAGAUAUAGCUGAAUUUCUGUGCGUACACUUUAUGGAUUCUCGUAUAGUGAACGCAAACUCAAAAAGCACACUACUUUUAACGCUAGCUGGAUUCGUAUUCAAUCCACUUACUUUGGAAAUUUUAGAAAAUGUACCGGAAGAAAGUAGAAUAAAAGUUGUCAUGAAUUUAUUAAAAUCAUAUGAUAAUAGAGCAUGGGCUGAAUCAAAUUGGAUUCUAGUUAGAUUCUGGCAAGGCAAUGGUUUUGCUUUUCGGUAUGAAAAAAGUCCGCAUCUCUCAAAAAAAGUUGGACCGAAAUUACUUUUACAAGAAUCAAUUUCUCAACCUGCAAAACCAUGUCCAUCUGCUGUAUACCAAAACCACGUGAGGGACGUACUACUAAAGAAUCCACAAGCUACAACAAAACUUUUAAAUUCUUUGCUAAAUCAGUUGAAUUGGGCGUUUUCUGAAUUUAUUGGAAUGGUGCAAGAAAUACAUAAUGUUUCAUCAAGACCUGAAAGAGUCUUCAUUGAAUCUAGACAACUAAAAAUUUGUGCUACAUGUUUUGACUUGGCUAUUUCACUGUUAAGAGUGUUAGAGAUGAUUGCUACAGUGACCCCUAGUAUUUUUAACAAUCCAUCACAAUUUUCCAGUGAAAAUUUAUUGUCUAGAUUAUGCCAAUUACUGUGUCAAGUGUUAAAUAGAAUGAGUUCACAAACUAGCUGUUUCCAACAUAUUGUAUUAUUGGAAAUUCCAGAUUUAGAAUCAGUAGAUCAUUUUCCAAUACUGGCAGCGGUUGCCGGUAUCUUAUUGGCUCUACUUAAUGACGAUAUAUCUAAUUUUAAAUCAAAAUCAUUAACCGAGGUACCAAAAGUUACUCAAACUUUACUGAUGGAACCUAGUUUUCAAAUAAGUUCUCUUUACUUCAUGUUAGGAGAUACAAAACUUAAAACGGAAAAAAACAUAAAGCCGUUCUCUUUCUCGAACUAUCCAGAUGAUGUAACAAAGGAAGAAAUAAAAAAAGUUAAAGAUAUGAUUGAAUAUUUAGACAAAUGUCGUGCUAUUUUGCCAGAUUCAAAAAUAUUAAGUGAUGACGACAAUACUUGCACGAUAUGUUAUGCGUAUCCUAUCGCAGCAACAUUUGAACCCUGUCAUCAUCAAACAUGUCGUAUUUGUAUUGAUCGGCAUCUCCUAAAUGCUAGAGAAUGUUUUUUCUGUAAAGCGACAAUUGAUAAAGUUGUAGAUCUUUCCGGUAACAUAUUGCACGAUUUUAGUGAUGAAACUACAUUUGUGAAGCAAUCUGAAGAAUUAUCUUGAUGCGAAUGUUAUAAAUGAAUUGUAAAUUACGAUUGUUAUGAAAUUAAUUUUAUGAAUAAAUUCUUGUAAAGAUUAAUAUAGA